UCGUGCUGUUGUUCUUUAGAACGAAGCAAUAUCAUUAGUACACACACUGAUGCAGCGCGUUCGGAAAGGAAUUUUCUUGAGUUCUGUCUUCUAAAUUGCUAAUUCAUUUAGAACAUUGGUGAUUGGCUUCUUUUCUACAUGACCUUUGACCUUGCUUGCUGAUUGGUCCAUGACCCAGCUUGAAUGUGGGAUUAAGGGAUUCCUCUGUACAGACCUCACACUUCCUUCCAUGCAUGUUUGAUACCGCAAGUUCAUUCAUACCUUGCCAAUCCUGCAUGUAAGCCACAACUCUCGUUUUCAAUUGACUAUGGGCGUUAGUAGCAGCGUUAACAAGAAAGGAAGAAGCCGACCAAAUACCCCCAAAAGUACCACCCCGAGGCAAGGCAGUGAGGAUAAGGUAGACUGCAACAGAAGUGUCAAUGAUGGUGAGAACCAGGUAGGAGGGAGUGGCCCUAGACAGGAAAGUGUGGUAGAGGAUAUUGCACCUAAGGAUACUAGAGAAAAUCAGAGUAGAGACAAUCAAGUGACUAUGAGUGAAUCUGCGUCUCCACAGGUUGAAGGUGGUUCGUCAUCGCAGGAGAAGAGUAGCGAAAGGUUGACCCAUCGAUCGUCAAGUAUGGAGCCGAAGGAUCUUAUGAUUAGUUACAGUCAUCAGGACAAGGAGAAAAUGAGAAUGAUGAGAGAUGCUCUGGAGAAGGCUGGUAUCUCUGUAUGGGUGGACGAGACCGGUCUGAAGGCUGGUGUGGAGUUCCUCAAUAAGAUUGGCCAAGCUAUCAUUGAUGCAAAGCUCUUUCUCUCACUCCUAAGUACCAAGUCUGCUACGUCUAAGUACUGCAAGGAUGAAUUGGCCUUGGCCUAUGUUUCCAGUAAACCCAUAUUCCCUUGCAUGAUUCAGAAUCAUAAAGAAGUCACGGAAGUCAUGGACUUUGGCAUGCGACUGCAGCUGGCUCCUAUCAGGUGGUUUGAUUUCUCCGAUGAAGAUGAUUUUCAGGGUGCCUUUGACAAGCUAGCCAUCAGCAUCAAGCAGAAGCUUACAGAGAUAACCGAUGAACUCAACCAAACUGAAGGUGGUACAAAGAAGAAGCCAAGACAGCUAACGAGAAAAGAAACGCGGACUCGACUGAACGUCCAUCAGGUCUUGCCCCCUACAGAAGCCAAAAUAGAAGACUUUUGGGAUGCCCAUUUCAAAGACAAAGAAUCAAUAGCUGUUGAAGAGUUUGUAAAGGCCUUCAAGAAAGACUGUACAGAAGAACUGUCCAAGAUUGGGGUGACCUUGGAAUGGAUAAUACCUGUACUCAAGGAGGAAUUGGACGAAGAGAGAGAAGAUGUCAUUACGAAAGAGAGCUAUGAAUAUUUCUGUACUAUAGAUGAGGAGAGAAUUGACUUUUGGGAGCGAGUAAAAGAACAAGCGUUAGAACGCUACACUAUGCUUGAAGUUUUCAGUAUGGACUCAACGGUCCGGAUUGAUGCCAUUCAGAAUCUUGCGAAAUUCCACACUAGGUCUGUGAUGGAGGCCAUGAUGGAUCUAUGCGCCGACAAAGACGACAACGUCCGGGCCGUGGCGACGCUCUCCCUGGCCCGCGUCACCGAUAACAAGAACCUCCGCGUGAUCCGUCGUCUUCUACGUCUGCUGAAAGACCGGGAUCGUCUUGUGAGGCAGAGCUGCUGUCUAGCUCUGGGUCAUAUGAGAGCUAAACAAGCCGUCCCAAGCCUGGUCAAUCUAUGGAGAAAGGAUGCUAUAUCAAAUGUCCGUGAGGCGGCUCACAUCGCUCUGGAGAAGAUCGGAGGUGACGAGGCCCAGGAAGCCAUACACAUCACCAAGGUGCUCAGCGAGGAGAUCAAAGCCCUGGCUCAACAGAAAUAAGAUAGGAGAUUUCAUUUGCCUAUAUAGCCUGCUGUUACAACUGUUGCCCAUUCUCCUGAAGAGGACAAGAACACCCUUGCCAAAACAAAGAAGUUUAGGUGGUCCUCUUCAGGACUAACUCAUGCCCACAAAAGAAUACAUGGUGUACCAUGAAUUCUGUACACUCUUUCUUCGUCACCAUGGAAACUUUCCAAAGCUUCAGUCUUCGUUCCUUUUCAUAAAAUUUGCUCCCAUGACCAUUGGUCCUGCUGAAAAUGUACAUAUUAAAGCCAAACAUGUAAACCCAAGCUUCAAAGUUUCAUAUGUGGAGGUAUUGUGGCCACGUCAAUAAGUCUCCGGACUUUGAACCGGGAGAUCCGGGUUCAAACCCCACUGCAGCACUCACUUCCUAGAGUAUGAAUCACCUGUCCAGAGCUGGGAAGCAGAGAACAACAGUUUUUCUACAACUGGAAAAGCCAUUGAAUGUGAUUGUUUUGUUUUUCGCUAGUGAUUAUUAGGGCAGUCAAUGAAUAGUCAACAGUUUUAUAGCCCGUCAUGUUGCGUUGGACGGAGGAGGCUGGAUUCACCCCACUCUCGCGGCAAUUGCAGUCACCCCUUCCUUCCACGCUGCAUGAUUCCCUGUAUCCUCCAUAGAUAAUUCUCCUCCACUUAAUUAAACAAAAUAUAUCUGGGGUCCGUUGCAUAAAACUUUUUACCUGAGAAAACUCAGGUUGUUUUUACCAGAG